UCUCCAUUCCUCCCUCUCAGCCAGGCUGGCUGGCUGACUGACUGGCUGACUGCCUGCCUGCUAUCAGGCAAAACACAUUUAUAAUUGAGCGCCAAGAGCGCAAAGCACAAAGAAAAAUAUUGGCAACGCAAGUCGAAAGCGGCCCAAAUCAAAUAAUGUGGCGCAGGCCAAAAACAGUUUGAUGCAAAACGCUCGCUCGCGACGACGCUGACGCUGACGCUGCCUCUGACUCUGAUGAUGGCACAAUAGCACGCAAUCAAAGUAAAUAGAACAAAAGAAAAAGGAAUACCAGUCAGCUGCAGUUCAAAAGAAACGUCAAAUCAACACACACAGUAACAACAAAUUUAACUAAUAUUACGCAUACGUAACGUGCAACAAGCCAAGGCUAUAAAUAAAAUUCAUCAAAACGCCGAAUAAUUCCAUUUCAUUUUUUAAGUGCGCAGCAUAAAAAAGGCAAAAAUAUAAAACGAAAUCUCACUGUGAAGAAAAGUUCAGUUCAAUUUGAAAAAAGAAAAAUAUAUAUAUAUCAAUUUUUGCCAACAACGCAGAAAAGAAAAUGUUUUGUGUUAAAAAAAGAAUGUUGUGUUAACAUAAAUAACCAAAUAUUCAAUUUGAAAUAAAUCCAACAAAAAGUAAAAAUCAGUUUUUAUAUAUACUCUUUGUGAAAUUUAACAACCAAAACGGGAACUCGUCUACGUCAACCCAGCGCUAAGCGAGGCAGCCAGAGAAAAAUGAUCUACAUAGAUGAUUCAGAGCCGGAAGGUGCUUUGGAACCGGCUUUUCCAAUGCGCGAUGUGACCAUAAACCGUAACGUGGAUGCCCAUAAAUUGUACGACGUGCUUGGUGAGGUGGGACGAGGUAAAUUCGGCACUGUGUACAAAUGCAAGGAGAAGACAAGCGGAAUCCAGUUGGCAGCCAAAUUUGUGCCGAUACCGAAGCGUGAGGACAAGCGGAAUGUGGAGAGAGAAGUGGAGAUAAUGAAUUCAUUGCAACAUCAUCUCAUUAUACAAUUGUAUGCUGCAUACGAAUAUCAGAAAAUGAUGUGCGUCGUCCUGGAACUCAUUGAAGGUGGUGAACUAUUCGAUCGUGUGGUGGACGAUGAAUUCGUACUUACAGAACGUGUGUGCCGGGUAUUUAUACGUCAGGUGUGCGAGGCGAUGGCCUUUAUACACGGCAAUGGUAUUAUCCACCUGGAUCUUAAGCCUGAGAACAUUUUGGUUCUGACACAAAAGGGCAAUCGCAUCAAGAUCAUUGACUUUGGACUGGCACGCAAGUUUGAUCCUGAUAAGCGUCUGAGAGUUCUCUUCGGCACACCCGAGUUCGUUGCACCAGAAGUUGUGAACUUUGACUGCAUCUCAUAUGGCACAGAUAUGUGGAGUGUUGGCGUUAUCUGCUAUGUGCUCAUCUCUGGUCUGUCACCAUUCAUGGGCGAGAACGACAUUGAAACAAUGUCAAAUGUAACCAUUGCAAAAUACGAUUUCGAGGAUGAAUGCUUUAAUGGCAUAUCCCCGGAGUGCCUGGAUUUCAUAGCCAAGCUACUGGUAAAGGACUUGAGCACCCGCAUGACAGCCGCCGACUGUGUUAAGCACAAAUGGCUGCAACAACGCCCCGCUGCCACGCCCACGCCCACGACAACAGCGUCAGGCACAACAAUAGCCAAGACAGCCUCGGCUAGUGCGAAGACGCGCCUGGAGUCAGAGUCGCCCACACCGUUGGCCUCCGAGUCUUCAGAGGAUUCAACGGAAACAAUCGAGGAAGCCGAUCUGGAUGACGAUGACGCGGACGCGGACGAAGAUGAGGACGAGGACGCGACUGAACAGGAUGAGGACAGCGAGGAGCUGGCACAGUUAUGCAGCACACACGACCUGGAGAACAAAGAGCUGGAUGCCACCAAGGAUAAUUUAAAGAAUUUCAUAGUGCGCUGGGAGACACAUCCAAACAGUCCGUACGUAUUCGACGUCGAGGGCAAUGUGAUAGCGCCAUUAAACGAGACCAGUUAUCCGCAUCCACGACGACCCCAUGGCACCGACAGCAUCUCCUCAUCCCGAGUUUGUUCGCCCUCGCCCUGUGAAUCGAUAGCCACGCUGAUAGAUGACGAACCAUCCGAUGAACUGCAGGCAGUGAGAGAUGCCGACGAAGAGUCUCGCAGUGCCGAUAGUCCAGCGUCUGCAGCCACGACGCCAAUCAAUGAGUCCCGCGAGAAGCUAUUCCCCAUUGGGUCCGCGAGUGCCGCCAGCACCUCAGGAUGUGCCACGCCCACGCCGCAGCAUCUGUUCAACGAGAACUUUGACGAGUUCUCCGGCAGUGAAUCGAGUGCCCAACAGCAGCGUAGCAUGAAGAGCUAUCUGCACACGUUCGAUCGGCGCAAUUCUGAUACCACUUAUCUCCUAGGACGUCGCAGCUCUGGCGAGCGUGUUAAUCUGGCGGAUGAGAUACGCAAACUCUCCGAUCAUCUGCUAAUGCUGGCCGAGAUCAAUACCAAGCUGGGCGAUAACAAUAGCACAGAACCAAAGGCCACUGAAUCGAGCAGCACAGUGAACAGUGUCAGUCAGGAGGGCAACAAGUGGACAAGCACAACGCGCACCAACAGCACCUCCAGCAGAGCAACGCCUCGAGGCGUCUUGAACAGCGCCAGCAGCAGCAGCAGCAGCCAAAGUCAGACGCACAGCAAGGAUGGGCAAAAGCAGAAGAUUAGCUCGCUUUCCGUGCGCCUGCAGCAGUCCAUUGAGGAGACGCCAAAGCUGAGCAAUGGCAACAGCGAGCAACGCUGGUCACAGAAUUCGCUGCGCAGCAAAUCCGCAGUGAGCACCAUGAGCACGUCCAAUGUGAAGAGCAGCAGCAGCACACAUGUCCAAACCACUGUGUCGAGCAGCUCAAAAAUCAGUUCCAGCAGCAGCAGCACUAUCAACAACAUUAAUAACACCUCCGCCAAUAGCAGCAGCAAUCAUCUUCUUUCAGAGUCGGCGAGCAGUCGUCGUGCCAAGUUCCGCAUCAAUCAGAUGAGCCGGGAUGUGCCCAUUGGCCUGCCGGACACACAUCAGACGGUGAAUCUCGAGGAGGCCGCCAACACUACCAAGGACUGUCUGCUGCACCUGUUGGAGAAAUACAACGAGACGAAAAUCCGCAAUCCUGUGGGUCGUCAUCAGAGCAUCAGUGUCGAUUGGCAUGUCAGCGACAACCUCGAGUACCGAUCGAUGAGCUCCAUUAAUGCCUUCUUCCAGCGUCACAGCAACACCAGCGGCGGCCAGAAUGUGAAGCACAUUCAGGCACAGCUGGAGGAGAAGGCAACGGGGAAGUAAUUGUUGCCUAAUUACUACUCCGAUCAGUUGAUAUACAUAUGUAUAUAAAUUCAAUAUAAUUUAUGUAAUAUAUGAUGAAGCAAUGAAUUCGAUCAAACUAAUUCAAAAACUCAACUAAACGAAUAGUCGAUCGCUGAUAAAUUUUGUAAAUUUCUGUUUGCAAAUCAAUAA